UUUAUCUGGCGUUGUAUUUACAAUCAGUGUUUGUCAGCUGGCUCGAGGUAGCGUUUCGCUUUGGUAAUCAGUUUUUCUCCGAUAAAGUUCUUUGUCAUAGACCUUAGAUUCCUUAUUUACUCGGACAUGAAUUAUUGCUUGAUUUUUAUAAGACAGUUUCGAUGCUAUAAUAGUUCAAAGUACAUCAAGAUCGCUGAUACUACAACAUAGUGAGUUUCGUUUUUCCAUUGCAGUUUAUCGAUACUAGUCAUGUAUUAUGCAUUUUCGUUUGACCUAACUCGAUGAUUAUUCAGCUCGUGUUCUCAUCUGCUAGAACAGAGAUCGAAAUCUUUAUAUUCUAAAUAAUAGCGGGGAGCUGUUUUGAGAGUCAGUUUUUUUUCGGCRAUGUCUAUCCGUUCAAAACCCUGGUCAUGUGUUUUUGGCAGUGUUUGAGGUCACCGGACAUGAAUUUCUUACUUGUUUGUAAUUAGAAGUGACUCCACCACUAAUGCUAGAAAAUCUAGAGCCUGGAAAAAAUAUGAAUCGAAGGAGUGCUAGACGAGUUUCUAGUAAAAUUCACCACUCAAAAGUGUCGUACCACAAUGAUGUUGACAUGGACGAUUCGACAAGUGAUCGCAAAAACAUUACCCAUUUUAUCGAACAUCCCAAAAAUUCCAUUCACAAGCCUUUUGUUGAAAGUACAGACGCAAGCUUGAAGCAACAAACUAGAAUGCCAGAAAUUAAGACAAAAACUGACCCAUUCGUGCCCCCAUUGUCUUCGCCUGUUAAUGAAUUCAAAUCAUCACCGAAAAAUGAAGGAGGCCUAAAACGAAGACUCUCUACCACAACAAGUAGCUCAAAAAGAACUAGUUCAUUGAUUGAUUCAAAUGGAUCUUUCACAAAUAGACGUAAUUCACCCAUAAUGGGUAGAAAGCACGGUGUUGCUAGGCAGUUAGCUUUCCAAGAGUCUAGUAGUCAAGAUAUAAGUGAAAAAUAUAACUAUGAUGAUGAAAAUACUGAUAGUGCUAUAUCAGAUGAAGAAAUUGAAGGAGCUAGUGAGGUGUAUUCACAAAAUAAAUCCAGAACAAAUGGUGGUUCCUGGCAUACGUCUCCGUCAAAAGUACCCAGAACAGAGCUUGUAUCCAGAACACCAACUCCAACACAGCAAAAAUACAAAAAAGGCGACAUUGUGCAAAUGCCAAAUGGCAUUCGAAAGAAGUUUAAUGGUAAGCAGUGGAGACGAUUGUGUUCUCGUGAAAAUUGUAACAAAGAGUCUCAAAGGAGAGGCUAUUGCUCUCGUCAUCUGUCCCUAAAGGGUAAAUCACUAAAGAGUUUGAGUAGUAUACCUGGUCGCAAGAAAGGGACAUUGCAUGGUCAGAAAAUUGAUUGGGAGUCAGGUGACAGUGAAGGUAGUGUUGAAGGUGAAGUGAACUCAACAACAUCAAAUCAAGUGAAGAAGCUUGAUGAUAAAGAACAAGAAGCUGCUGCCAUGUUAGUGUCRUUAAGUAAUUCUCGMUGUGCCACCCCAGCUACACCUUUACCUGUUUCCCCAGCCUAUGGUGCUUCGUUCUCUCCGUCAUUUAACUUUAACCCCAAAACCACCAUGAAAGUGGCCACUCCUAAAUCUGGAAGAUCAUCCAGUGAACUUCUUUCUCCGUUCUUUAAUGGAUCGACAAACACUAUAAGCCCAGAUUCGGGUAUACACUGCAGAGAAGACAUUGGAAGCAUUACGCCAUUGGUUACUUCGCCUUCACCUUUAUUCUCUCCUACUACUCCAACCAAAAGAACAUUCUCACCUAUAUCUCCUCCUGCAGUAGGGAGUAUAUCCCCAGUUCCACCUACACCACCUGCUAUAUCAUCCAAGAGAACAUUUUCACCUAUCCCAGCUCCAUCGGCUAUCACUCCUCCUAAAGCCAAGGCAGCAAGGAUAAUGUACUCACCCGUCCCUCCUCAGUCCCUUCCWGUUACAAGUAGCAGUACCUUUGUGCCUGUUAUCCAGAGUCAUCCAAGACAGGAAACUUGUAGUAAUAUUAAGCCAACUGGUAUCAGUGAAAAACAUGACCAAAUCGAUUCUAAAAAGCUAGAGUCAAAUAGUAACAUUGUCCCAACUGUACAGAUUCCUAGUCCUCAGGUUAAUGUUAUAGGUGUAGCAGUACACCCAUGGCARACUUUACUACCUCAAGUCACCUUGACUCUUGGUAAUGACAUCACCACAGGACACAUAUCCACAGAUAUGAAUAUUGAUACCAGUCAUCAUGGAGACCUUUUUCAUCAUUGUGAUGAUGAUGAUAUUCAUGCACUUGAUGGGAGUACUUCACAUAUAGAUACAGAGAAUACUUCAAGAAAAUACUCCAGAUCAGAAGGCAAAGAUGAUUCAAAGGACCACAUCCGCCGGCCAAUGAAUGCCUUCAUGAUAUUCAGUAAACGUCACAGAGCAUUGGUUCAUCAAAAGAACCCUCAUCAAGAUAACCGAACAGUAAGCAAGAUACUGGGAGAAUGGUGGUAUGCACUGGGUCCUACUGACAAACAGAAAUACAAUGACCUUGCUGCCCAGGUCAAGGAGGCUCAUUAUAAAGCRCAUCCAGACUGGAAGUGGUGCAGCAAAGAUAGAAAGAAAUCACCAAGAAARAACUCAGAAAAAUCAGAUACAGAAACUGCAGGUACAGUUGUUGAGAGCAGAACUGUCCAUGAGUCUGAAAAUCCCAAGAAACUAGAGAAUAUAAAACCCAAACCACGAUGCAAACGUUCCCAGAGCACACCCAUUCAUCAAGACGAUUUUAGGGAAUCUACUGUCCAGAGACCGUUUACUCCACAGCCACGAGGACUUGAGGCCCAUCGGUCUAUAAUAGAGUUAGAAAGGAUGUGCUCUACGCGUUUAAUCGAAGAGCAGAGUAAUUGGCCAUCCAAGCAAACAGCUAAAACCUCCGAACAGCAAGACAGUGACGAGGAGGGAUCAGUUGAAUUAGAGUGUAGAGAAAACAUGGACGAGAAUGAAGAAGCUUUUGACAGCUCAGACGAAGAGGACAUUGAGAGGAAGGUAUUUCCUCAGCAACGUGUUUCACCGUGUGGCUUUGCGCGUCGUAGUUUAACKCCUGAUGUCGGUAAAAUCACUUAUUCACCUAUUCCGUUCACUAGAAGAGCACGGACUCCUGAGGUUUCAUCUAGCAUAGGUACCGGGGUACAGACAAAGUCUAAAGCAUCCUAUCAAAGACAGAUACAUACAUUAGUAGAACCAACGUUUAGAACGCCUAAAGUAGAUGACAAARCAGUGGAGAUGGACACAUUUACUCGRCCAUUACCAGCAMCCUCGGUGAAAUCGUCAUCUCCUGGUCUGACCAUUAGCGGGAGUUUCACUCCCAAAGGGUCAGUAUUCCGACCCAAGCGACAUUUAACGAAGACCUCUGACAUCAAUCAGGUCUCGACACAUUCAGUCAUAAAACCUGUUCACCCGUCAUUUCACCAUCCUAGAGUAGCUGCGGAAAACCUYCAGCAACACAUGGCUGAUUCAUUAAAUACUGGUCACCAUGAUAGCUCUCAGUUACCAAACCCACAACAGACUUCACCAACACUGAAACMACAUCUCAAACCCAUCGCACCACUUCCGUACGUAAGAGGAUCCAAGACUGGAGCCCCUAAACAAUAUGUCGCCUCAUCGACGCUACAAGGAAUUGCUCAACAACUACCAAGUCCUAAAGAAGGACGUCCUGUCAUGCUACCUAAAGUUACUUCUAGUGAAGGGGGUGUGAUWRUGUCGUCUUUUAGACCCACACUGCCGAGUCCUGUUCWUACAGGUGUUCAACCGCAUAUGUUUAAGCCCUUGGUGUCACCACCGCUAGUGUCACCAAGUUCACUGGCGGUUACCACUUCAACUUUCCAUUUUUCUUCACCCGUUAUUUCUCUGGGAGUUGGAAAAUCAAGCGGUCAAGCUUCACCAUCCGUUGUCAGUCCCAGAGCAGACAACGUGAAAUGUGUUCCGCAUGUUGUAAGCCCUGGAAGAACGAUCGAAGGGCACGUUGCGCAGUCAUGGAAGAAAGCRGAAAGCGAUCAUCCUACRUUGACUGAGAGUUGUAAGUCAGACGAAGUUGAUCCUAACGGAGACAAAAACGAGACCAUUUUGAAAAGAUUUGUCAACGAUGGAAUGGAGGCGGUCCUGUCUGAUGUCAAUUUUCAAAAGAAGUUCGAAGAUCUUCCUGAAUUUACUCCUACUUCUGAYGCUGAGAAGCGAUUUGGUAAGCCUUCAGGAGCAUGCGCAUCCAAACAGUCGCCUAAUAAGGCACGUUACUCGUCACGGCAAGCCAGGGCUAUUGAGAACGAUAACAGCAAGAGUGGAAGCAACGUGUCAAGUCAUUCMAGCCUGGAUGCUUUAGCAGAAGCUGCUCUCCAACACGACAGAGACGACUUUUCAAGAACAGACAAAGACAACCAGUCUCGUAGCAGUCAAGAMCAACGUCGWAGUCUGGUUAUGAGACUGCUCGAUGAGAGUGGCUACUUCCCUUCGGACAGCGUAAUCGCAGAGUUUCAGCWAAAGCAUGUGCAUUUAUUCCCAACAAAGAGCAGUCUUCAGUUUAAAAUCAGAGAAGUACGUCAAAAAUGUCUCAAUAGCUAAGUGGCUCACUAGAAGCAUAGUAAGUAACUAUGCCAGAAGCUAUUAGAAAUAGUGGACUAUCCAAUUAUAGGAUUUCAUACAUAGAUCACCUCCUUUAAAUUAUUAUAAGCUAUAUAAUACUUUUCGUAUGGCACGGAAAAUUCAUUGUUCUAUUAAGUAUUAAAUUAUUGACCUCAUUGGCUAACGYGUUGCCAUGUUCGUUACCACCCAAAUAAGUUUUGGUUCUAGAAAAAUCGCCUGUGAAAUAAAUUGGGUGGUUUGAAUGGAAUGGUAUCGAUUAUAGCAGCACCUUAGCCGAUUUGGUUUGUUGCUUAUUGCUUAAUUUAUCUCUAUUCAAAGUGCCAAAGCGUAGUAUAUACAUCUGUAUUCAAAAACACCUUUAGAAAUAACACUGAUUCAUUUAUCAAUAUUUUGAUGUUCUUAUCAAAACAAUAACGCAUCAUCUUUCCAUUUUGCACAGUUAUACCACGUUUUUGAAARUGAUGUAUAGAUUUUCAUGUGUGAAUGCUAAUUUAAGCAUAACUUGUUGCGCCUUUUUGCAGCUUAUUCAUUUUACGAUUUUAUCAAAUCAUGUGCUGUUUUUAUUUGGGUUUUUUUAAAACUUUAUUCCAUUGCUUUUUAUCACAAAAAGAGAAAUGCUUUUUUCUUUGCUUUACGCACCAGUCAUAAUGACCAAACUUCAGUAGCAUUGAAAGAUAGCUUAAGGUGAUUUCGUUGAAGUCAUUCCAGUUGAGGACUGUACAACUUUCCAGUUUUGCUGAAAAAGUCUAAAAAUGCUAUUAUAUUAUUCUCACUUUUUUAAAACACGUUUUUAAGCUCCAAAGUCUGCAUACAUGUAAAAAACUCAUAUUCUACACUUAUAUAUAUAGCAAUAUUGUGUGAUAUACAGCCUUUUGCAAAAAUUAUGAGAAUUGCUGAAAUAUCUAAAUAUCCGCGUAAUAUCAAGUGCAUGAUGGGUAAUCCCGCGCGAUGCCCUUAGUCCCUUGU